UGCGAUUGGUUUACAUAGUAUGGUGGGCGGGGUAGAGAGAGACAGGAGGAAGCAGCAUGGCUGCCAGGGACACUUGGAGGCCUCCCAGGGACUGCAGGGAUUAUUGGGCAGAAUGGAAACACUGCAUCAGCCUAAGAAACCGAUUCCAUCACUACUACACCCACGGUACAGCCCCCGUCUGCCAGCAAUGGAAGCUCGACUACAAGAAUUGCAAGGACUGGGAAGCCAAUAUGAGCAAAGAGGCAAAGGAAGCUCUGCGGCAGAGUGAAAAAAGCCGUCUUGAGGAGAGGCUUAAUCAUUCUCCAGUAUGGACCUUGAGAAGGAAACCCCCUCCAGACUGGUACUUACCCCUGGACACAGACAAGCCGAAACAAUGAAAACUCGGGGACCAAACAUUACGCUUGUAUAAAGGACUUUGUGUCAUUCUUCAAAAAGCAGAAUAGGGAAAACCAAGUCAAGUAAUAUCCGGCAUUUGGAACUUUUCUCCGCCGCACCAACCCACAAUUUUACUGGUAUCUUUAAAUGCCAUUAUUUACAGAUUCAUAAAUAGUGACCCAUGAACAUUUGAGAUGUGUUAACAUUACUGCAUUAACCUGGAACAAAAGGAACCCAAUUAAAACACUUGUUUUUGUCAU